AUGAACAUCACACGACUGCUGAAGCUACUCAACGACACCCUCGGAACCAGAUACCCGCUGGGCAAGCCAGAGCUAGAGCAGUGCCUCGAUCACGUCCUCCGCACCUCGCAAGACUUUGGCCAAGCGUACGGCAUCCUACGGCGCCACUGGCGAUCCGACUUUACUCGGCUGCUCUCCGACCUUGCUGGAGAUCAAAAGAAGGACAGAUUGGCCCGGCAAAAUGCAUUGGUUGAUGGCUAUAUUUGCAACUCGGAGGUGCCCCCACGGCGCGUGUGGGACCUCUACAGCAACCGCGUCCUGCCGCUUUAUGCUAUCAAUCGAGGCCGCGAUUUGCAUGAGAUCCCCGACGAAGUCUGGACUGUAUCGCACAGCUGGGUCCACGAAAGCGCCCACAUCGAUGUCUCGACCUCAAUCAACGGCAAUCAGUGGCCCGUCCCUAUCCCGAACGACACCACCCUUGACCACGUUCGAGUCGAGCUCCUUAAUCUCGGCGCAGAGUAUGCCUGGUUGGACGUUCUGUGCCUGAGGCAACGGGGACGUCCGGAGGACGAGGAGCAGAGGAAGGAGGAGUGGAAGCUCGACGUCCCCACCAUCGGUCAUGUAUACUCGUCAUCGGGUAGGCCGUGCGUGACAUAUUUCAAUGGCCUGGGCCUCCCUUUCAACCCGUCUUCACAAAUACUGUCUUCCACUCGCCACUGGUUGAACCGUGUCUGGACGGUGCAAGAGGCCACCGACAGCUGGUUGCCCGGUGGUGCUACCGGAGCGGCGUGUGCAAACACGCUGCAUUUCUUCCAACAUCACCUGCCGCGAUCCAUCCUGAAGAAGGAACUCGACAGGGUCCACAGCCUCGCAUACAUCCUGAGAUGCAAGACAUUGCCGAUUUACGACGAAGGAAUAUCGCCAGAGCUCACUUGGAUCACGCUUCUCAAGCAUAUGACCACAGAUUCACGAGCCAAAGUCGCCUUGCGCCACGCAAAGUGUCGUCCGGAUGACACUUCAUUAUUUCCCUCGUGGGCGGACUUCAUGCAAUGCGAGCAGGAAGAUUCUGAUCCUGCCUCGGAUGAUCUCUAUUCCUCAUCUGGCCUGUACCUUCUGGACGACUUGCCCCUUCGCAUGCCUGAGCCAGGGACCUAUUUUCACAAGGCCGUUCAUUCGUACGGCCCUGUUAGUAUCGAUUGCGAGCAUAAGGAAAACGAAUCCGGCCGUGAGACGUUCAAGCUCCAAACCGCAGGCGCAAGCGGGAAUCUCUCGUGCUACGAGAUCCAAGAUUGCAAGGUCAGUGGUACAUUUUUACGAAGCAUGAAGUACGUCAUCUUGGAACUCUCCUUGAAGACCUGGCUUAUCGUGGAGGUGAUUGGGGAGCGGCAGAUUAAGGAAAACACAGCACUGGAGGUGGUUAAGUGA